GUCUGGGGCCUAGGGGCUCUGACCGCCUCACAGCACCAGAAACCUUGUCUGCUGUGAUCAUUAACCUUUCUGGAAAACGAAGCUAGCUGUGCUCUGAGGUCUGUCUUUAGAAUGUGAGGAGAGCCACACAGAUACCGCAUAGACUAUUCAAAGAGGGGUUACCUUGUGAGCUUUAGCUCCACUGUAGAGUGGCAGAAAAAUGAGAUUUCACCAGUUCUUUCUUCUAUUUGUUAUUUUCAUGAUGAGUCUUCUACUUAUCCACGGACAAAGACAAGCUAAUUUGGCAAUGAGAAGAAAAUUGCACAGACACAACUGCCUUCAGAGGAGAUGUAUGCCUCUCCAUUCACGAGUGCCCUUCCCCUGAGAUCUCUAUGUAACUUCACUGAGUCUGUCAGAAGAAGACUGAAGGAAAAGAUACCCACCCACAUAAUACUGUGAUUGUUUAGAAGGUCCUGUAUGUAAAGGAGUUGUAUGAAAGCAGCUGGCAUAGUUUAUUAGUUUCACCUGGAUUCUCUUCUGCCUGGUUGCCUUGUAGGGAGAAAAUAGCAAAUUCAAAUGCAAUUCCAGUCUGAAGUAUAAUUACUUGCUUGCAUAACAAAAUUUUUUAUUUUUUUCUGCACAUUGUUAUUCUUACUUGGUUUAAGAAGAAAAACCAUUUAAUGUUUUAGAACUUUAUAAUAGUAAAAUAUACACAAGUUAAAAAUUGUUCUUUCCUAUUCUUAUAAUUUUCCAAAGGUAUUAAAAUUACUUUGUAUAUGUAUGAAUGUGUUUUUUUUUUAAAUCCUAAAUUUGAGAUCAAUUGCAUCUGGUUUUGCAAAAUAAUGAGAAAAUAAUUAGUUCACUAUUUAUAUAGAAACACUAAGAAAUAAACUUAAUUGCUGCCAGUUUUAUAUAAUAGGCUUUAAUGUUUAUGAAUGUAUUUUUUUACUUUGAAUAUAAUAUCCACUUAAACUUGUAAAAGAAAGUCUAAAAUAUUAAUUGUAAUUCAUUUCAUAUUACAACCAAAGUGUUCAUUUCUGAACCUGCUCUUCAACAUGUCAUCAUAAGAAGCCAGUGUUUGAUUUCUUUUGAAAUUCUGUAUAAUGCCCUUUUUCUUCACUUGUAUAGAUAGCUUCUUAGAAAGGCCAACUUAGAUGUAACAUUUAAAAUACACUUAUGCCAGUGAAGUCUCAAGCAGAGCAAUGUUUAUGAGUGCACAUCACUCUGCUGGGCUUUACAUUGAUAUUAUUCAACUUGUAGUGGUGAGACAUGUAAAUAAAAUAUCAGAAGGAAUUCAAUAAUAUGAUAUCCCAAGAAAGGCACUAUCCUAGGUCUGAAUUUAUUGAUAAUUAGUUGUUCUCAAGUUGUUAAGUAUGCUUUUAAAUUGUAUUUAUUCAAAGACUGUUAGCUCAGUGACAUAUUUUACAAUAAGUUAAUUCCAGGUAUGAAGCUUACCUAUUCAUGUCUUGACUAUAAAUUUUACUUUGUAAACAUUCUAGAAUGGGAGAAUCCAUUAACCCUUAACUCCUAUUUUUUCCAAAAUAGAAGAUUGGAAUUUAUAUAUGAAGAUUUUGAAAUAGAAAUUCUGAUAUGAAAAUCUGUCUCCCUUUCAUAGCUUAUUCAUAGUGUUUUGGGGGGUAGAAGGUGCUUAUUGAUAUUACUGUUAUUAAAUUUACACACAAAAGA